AUGGCUUUAAUUAAUUUCAAAGAAAAAAUUCAAAUAUUGUUAAAGUUAAAAGAAUCUUUAAUACCUCAAAUUGAUGGUAAUUUUAUAGGACAAUGGGAAAUGGAAGCAUUAAAAUAUCAGAAUACAAGUGAGAAUAUAAUGAUAGAAUUAAAAAAUGUAAAUUUUAUAGAAACAUUGGUUAGUGCUAUUUCUUCUCAAUUAUCUUAUUUAAGAAUAAAUUUACAAAAUUAUGCAAAAAUGAAUGAACAAGAAAAAGAUAAAUUUAAAAGAUUAUAUGUAUUAGCAGCUCUAGGGUUGAUAGCAAAAUUAAAAUUAAUUUUAUUUUUUUCAACAUAUGUAAAUUCAAGAGAUGACACAAAUAAUAGUAAAUCCUUUCCUAUAAUAAAUGAAAAUACAUAUCCUUCACAAUUAUCUCAUAAUAUGGAAAAUAAUUAUGACAUGACCCUUUCAUUAAAUAUGAGCAACAAUAAUAAUAUUAAUAGUAACAAUAAUAAUAUAAACUGUAAUAAUAAUAAUAAUAAUAGUGAUAAUUUUAUAAAUCCUAAAGAAUCACAAAGUUUAAAUAUGUAUAACAAUAAUGCAGAUGAAUUUUAUGUUCAUUAUCAAAAUAAUACAGACCAUUAUAAUGAUGGUUUUACAAAUAAUAUGACUCAAAAUAAUAUAAUGAAUUUUAAUGCACCUGUCAAUAACGUAACAUCAAAUAAUAAUAUAAAUAAUCUUAAUAUAAAUAAUAUGAAUGUAAAUAAUAUGAACGUAAAUAAUAUGAAUAUUAAUAAUGUAAGCAAUAUGAAUAAUGUAAAUAAUAAUAAUAGUAAAAAGAAUAAUAAAAGUAAUAAUAAUAAUAAUAAUAAUAAUAUAAAUUGUAAUAAUAGUGCAAAUAAUUUUGCUAGCCAUUUUACAAACAAUACAGAAGAUAUGCAAUUAAAUUCUAUCAAUAAUUUUGUUACAACACAAAAUGAAAACAUAAUAAAUGGACCUUCACAUACAUCAAAAAAAAGAUCUUUAACAAUUGCUCAACCACAAAAUAAUAAUAAAUCUAUUAACUUUAUAAAAAACUUACAAACAUUAAAUGGAACAAAAAAUAUUACAAAUGAACAUAUGAUAAAUUAUAAUGAACAUGUCAUUAAUGAUGAAUCUCAAAGAUUUUUACAACAAAAUCAAUAUACAAAGUAUACAAAUAAUGUCAAUCAAAAUGUAUCUCCAAAUAAUAAUGAUAAUAAUGAAUUAACUAACUGUUCUAUGAAUUUUAAUAAUUAUUAUCAACAUCAAAAUAAUGCUAAUAACACAAUCAACAACAAUAAUAAUAAUAAUAUUAAUAAUAAUAGUAUACAUGACAAAAAUAUUAUCCAGUCAUAUAACAAUAAUAAUAUGUAUACAUUCAGAGAUGAUAUUUAUAAAAAUAGUUAUUACAUAUAA